AGGAAAACGUCAAAUCCACUGACUGAUGGGUACACAAAAAUUUUCGUUGAUUUUCCAAAUGUGUAGAAUUUGUUAAGAACCAAUUACAAACCAUAGAAAAGCAAACGGAAAUUAUUAGAACGUGAGGUUUAGCAGCGAUCGUCCAGCGCCAUGGCGGAGCAUACGUUCCUUGGCACUUGGGAGAUCGUGUCUUGCACCUUUGAGCAUAAAACGGAAAUUUCUGGCUUAGAAGGCAUUAAAUUUCGCCUGGACGAUACGAAUGAUAUCACCUGGUAUAAUGAUUUGGUUAAUCCACUUCCUGAAUCAAAAGACUGCGGCACUUGCUGCGAUUCGGCGAGUGUCUUAUUUAGUUGUGAAACCUUCGAUGUGAACGAGACGAAUCUACGUUUAGUAUUCGGCGCCUUUGCUGGACAUAGCAUAGAAUUUAGAACAAACACUUUAACACCGACUGAUACAUUAAUUUUGGACUGCGAAAACUGGUAUACAUUGGAGUGCAAGCGGCUGAAGGAGUGCCAUGCUGCUGGACAGGAAAAGGAGUUCUCUUUCGCAGAGGCAUUGCAGGAGUCUUACUUCACGGAUGUAAUCAUCAAAAGCUCGGAUGGCUUUGAUUUCCACGUGCACUCAUCCGUACUGCGCCUAAAUGGUUUCGACUGUAGCAUGUGCGUGCUGUCGAACGAGUCAAUAUUACCGCAGCCGCAAAAUAUUUGCAAAAACCACGACAUCUUGCAAGCGCAGCUGUACCAACCAUCUCAGAAAUGCCAGGACGGUGACGGCGCUUCCAAUUCCAUCAAGAUCUCUGUGACGCUGCCCCUAUCAGGCGCCGAAAAUAAUGACGACAACCAGAAGUCUUUGCCGCGCCUGAAUCUCUCUCCCAUCUACCUGCAACCCCCUUCUGAACACCAAAAUGCUGGCAGCAACAGUGGCUUAAUAGCUCAUCGCGGUGCACAUUUGUCUAAUUCUUUCAAUUGCCUUUCAACCAGUAGCAAUGCUGUACUCAAUGAUAAAAGCGCACCGAGUGUUGGCGGCGGUGGCAUGCGCCGUUUUCCACCCACUUCCAGUUCCGAUUCACAUCUGGAGGCGCAAUCGCAUUGCAAGAAUAUAUUCAAUUUUUGUCAAGACUUUCUGCUGCAGCCCACAGAAACAACUACUGUGUGCAACACUAGACGCCCGCCUCUGUCGCCGUACCGGGCGCGCAGCCCUUCACCAUUUCCAAGUUCAAUGGAUACACCGCCUUCUUCGCCUUUAACGCCGGUGGGCGUGCUCUACAACUUGCCGACAUUUUUGUUGACGCCAGUGUUGCAUUGGCUGUACACGGAAUCGCUAAUGCCCGACAUGGACGAGAAUGCGUGCGAGAAGCUGAUCAAUUUCGCGGAAACGCAACCUUCACUCACCAAAAUGGUGGAUCCGACUAGAAAGUAUCUAAAGCUCAUACAGCUUAAGAAGUUUGUGGUUAAUACGCUGAUGGAUUCCCACACUGUGCUCAACCACAUCAUUCAAGCAAUCAAUCCUGUCACCAUAUCGCACGAACCCGCCUCACUUUAUGCGACGUUCAAAGACUGCCUCAGAGAAUCAGCAAUCGGAUGCGCCAAAGUAUUGCAGUUUUGCAAUAUUUUCAUACGAGAUGCCUCUGAUAUAACGCGAUACCAGAAGAAUGAGAUCAUCAAAUACGUGCGCACACGAAUUCCCAUUUUCAUGUCACAAAUACACCAACUUUUGCGUAAUAUUUUAAAUGUCUUCAUGAGUCUAAAUGUAGAGGAAAAGGCGGAGUUGGUGAAUUAUUUAGUACCUGAAAUCGAAUCCGCAUUGGUAAUAUUAACUAAUGUAAUUGAGGAAAUCAAAAACUCUUUGGAAAAAAUGUGCAAAGACAUAAAUUGUUCACACUUGGAUUUGUCGCUGAGACAGCAGGCGGGCAACUCGAUUGCAACCCAAACGCAAAACAGCGCUUUUAUCAGCGCCAACGUGGUUUUGGAAAAUAACGCAGCACCACUGUUCAGUCCACCACCCAUGUCGCCUAGACUCAGACGGGGCCCGCCCGUGGGACUGACGCUUUACGAUAAUCCAACAGACAAGAAGCGUCUAAUGACUGCGGAGAAUGAUCUCAAAUUCGUAUUGUAUAUGUACGAAGUGCGAAAGAUGCGUGACAUUUACGGACGAAUCGCCACAGCACUCGAAAUUAUUAGGGACAAAAAAACUUCAUUCUGCGAUAUGGACUAUCUAAGCAAACGCAGCACGAUAAAUCAAAAUCUGGAGCAGUUAAUUAUCGACAUACCUGCAUACAUUUUGAUCAUGGAGAAUCUUUCUGAUCGAGUUGACGAGAAAUUGGGCUGGAAGGAAUUUAAGUUCUGCUUCAAGUUGGCCACAAGUCAAAUAAAUGGUGUAAUUGUGAAGGUUUUCGAUCACAAGUCAGCACUGCGCGACUCCAUUAGCAACGUAUGCAAACUGGUGCAAAGACAGGAAUUCACACAGUCACUCAUUGAGCUGGAACUUUUGGAACCAUCCAACAUCCUAGAGCACGAAUUAAAGCUGGCAGAGCAAGAUAACCACAUGGAGGAUGUGACCGAUGAUUUGGCAAUGGAGCGUCGUCGCUCUUAUGACUACAAAAAUGUAAAGCUGAAUUUGACAAAGCACUUGUGCGAGCCGCCCAUAGCUGCGAAUAGUAAUUUAUCGAAAAAUGCCUUACGUCUUCUGCACUCAGCUCAGCUGGCAGACAUGGAAUUCGAGGUGCACACUUAUGCGCAGAGCAGCACACAGCUGCCUGGAAUAAUAAUUUUGAACAAGGAUGACAGCGGAGGCGCGCCAGCGCACGGCCAGCUGCAAGCACCGCAUGCGGUGCAACUGCAACGACCGCCCACACAAGUGCACACCUUUCGUGCACAUCGAGUGAUUGUCUCGUCGCGUUGCGAGUGGUUCAAAAAAGCGCUGCUCUCCGGCAUGCAGGAGAGCAUCAAGAGAAAAAUUGUCAUAGCCGACACUUCGCCAGUGAUAUUUCGUCGCUUGCUGCUCUACAUCUACGGUGCACCGAUAGACAAGACUGUGGGCGCUGAACAGAUUUGUGAAUUGAUGCUGUUAUCUGAUCGUUACUCGGUCUAUGAUUUGAAGGAAUUGUGCGAAAAUACUUUGAAUUCGCUGAUUGAUGAGGGAUCAGUGCUUUGCUUGUUGGGCAUCGCCGAUCGUUACAUGGCCACUGCGUUGAAGUCGAAUUGCCUAUCGUUCCUAUCACAGCAUGCGAAUCUGACCAAACAGGAAAUGUUCAAAGAGCUACCGCAAACCCUGCAGUUGGAAGUGAUGGACCUAGUACACUGGUAUGGACGUGUUUCGGAGCCUUGGAGCGAUGGUUUUAAGUCUCGUAGCGGUUCACGUCACAGUCUGAAGAGUCCUUCAAAGCCACGUUCAAGGUCCCGCAAGUCAUCGCCAUCCUACAUGUGACGCUGACUGCGGCGUUCUUGGGCGUAAAUGGUUUUCGCGUCACGAUAAACUAACAAUGAAGCCUGGCUUUCAGGUUUAAGGCGCAAUGCGCAAAGUGAGCAUCGCUUACCUCUAAUGGUAUUUUAAAGAAACAUUCCAAAACCCUCAAAAAAACGUAAUACUGAACUGUAUGGGAAUCGAUGUUAGUGCUUAUCUGUUUGUACUACGACGUUAUUGUUUGUUUCCUAUGGUUGUAUGCUACAAAUUACCGCUGCAUGUAUGCAAAGCACAAACUUCUCAGUGUAAUCAUACCUCCGUUUGGGAUUGAACGACGAAUUAAUAACGAAACAUUCCUAAAGUAAAUAUAUCCCUUUUUUCCUAGUUUUUGUUGUUGUUAAGCAUACUUGUACCUAAGUGUGAUUGAAUAUUUAUUACGUUGCAUUAGAAUGUUUGAGAUGUUAACUUACUUCAAGCUAAGGCAGUUUAAAUUUCCAACUAUAUGGCAACUCUAUGGUACUGAUACAUAUCCUGGUUAUGUACAUUUGGUAUAUUUGUGAAUAUUAUCUGAACGAACUUUUAUCUGUGUUGAAAUUAAGUAUUAUAAGCGAUUGAUUUAGAAAAACGAAAUCAAUUCGAAAAUGUUUAGGUAACGUGUUGUUGUAUGUGUAAAAGGAAUUUAUAAUGUAUUUUGUGGAGAACAAACAUAUUUUUAUUAUGCAAAUUUUCAAGCUGUUUAACUUUAAAGAAACUCGUAUUUACAUGUAUUUUCUAGUUGUAAUUUAUAGCUAAACUAUAAGCAAUGGCAACACAGCAGCAUGCAAAGUAAUUACAAAAGCAAUGCGUGAUCGCGUGGAGAAAAUCCUAACUAUUACAUUAAACUGAAUUGCAACUUUAAAGGAGAUAAUAAAUGAUUAGGAGAUGUACUCAUUAUACCAUUGAUUAAAAUUAACUAAAUAUGUUCAUUGUUGUCUUUUGAUUCUUGAAACAAGUGAAAAUAAAUUGUCCAAAAGAA